AUGACAUUGUUUGUGGAUGGCUCCUGUUACAGAGAUGGGGCGGCACUCAAAGCAGGGUAUGCCAUUAGCCAGACAAAGGAGGAGGAGGUGCCACCUACAGUGAAGCCGGGGGACCUGGUCUAUGUGAAAACCUUCCGACGGAAGUGGCAUAGUCCACGGAGGGAAGGUCCCUACGAGGUCGUGAACGCGACGUCAACGGCAGUGCAGGUGAAGGGAUCGCCGACGUGGUACCACCUGAACCACUGA